CUUCCUUUUCUGUUUGCAGAUCCGUUCGACUGAACGCAACGAGAGGAGCAAAAACGUGGCGGAUUCGGUGACCCCUCGGCUGUGACCAGGCGCACAGAGAAUUAGGGCAAGGAGAUGCGUGAAUAUAAAAUAGUGGUGUUGGGUAGUGGAGGUGUAGGCAAAUCUGCCCUCACUGUCCAGUUCGUUCAAGGAAUCUUCGUGGAGAAGUACGAUCCGACGAUCGAGGACAGCUACCGCAAACAGGUCGAGGUCGACGGACAACAAUGUAUGUUAGAAAUCCUAGACACAGCCGGAACGGAACAAUUCACAGCCAUGAGGGACCUUUAUAUGAAGAACGGUCAGGGAUUCGUGUUAGUGUACUCGAUAACGGCGCAGUCAACGUUCAACGACCUGCAGGACCUCAGGGAGCAGAUCCUGCGGGUAAAGGACACAGAUGACGUGCCAAUGGUGCUGGUAGGCAACAAGUGCGACUUGGAGGACGAGAGGGUAGUGGGCAAAGAGCAGGGCGUCAACCUUGCCCGACAAUUCGCCUGUGCGUUCAUGGAGACCUCCGCCAAAGCCAAAAUUAAUGUUUACGAUGUAUUCUACGAUCUAGUGCGGCAAAUCAACAAAAAGUCGCCAGAGAAGAAGAUAAAGCAGAAAAAGAAAUCGCUGUGCCUACUUCUGUAAGGCAGAGAUCCAGCAGAAGCCCACACUCUCCUGCUUGAACAAAAAAUCCGGAUGUACCAGUGGAGAACAGGGGUUCAGGCGACUACGAAGCAGAUACUGGUGACGAGGAGGGGGCUGACGGAAUCACGAGUAAACGGUUGCAACACAGCGGGGCGGAGACGGAGAAUACAGAUGGUUGUAGAACACCAAAAGGAAGGUGACAAUGAGACACUGACGGAGGCGGGAGGCAGAGAGAGCAACGGGAUGACGACGAUGAUGAAGAUGGGGAGGGGAACAGCGAGAGGAAAAACUAAUAAUGUUGUAUAUACGUUGGUCCCGGGGUGGCUCGUGUGCACGCGCAAACACAGGCGCACAAAGAGUUUUAGUGUUAACGAGACCCCGUGGCGUCGGUUAUCAUUGUAGGAGUUUUGCAUUAAAGAAGAAGAAGACGAUGAGGAGGAAGAAAAAAAUAUGAUUAAUUAAUGAUAGUAUAUAAAUAUAUAUAUAUAUAUAAAUAUAUAAAUAUAUAUUUAGGAGGAAAGGAUGAAAAAGCAAAAAGAAAUGUUUGGACGUGCGCGUGCGCAGGCCACACCAGCCCCCAUGCGUCGCCCGCCGCGCACCUCUCUCUUAAAUAUAAUAUAAUAAUUAUACAUAGACGGUACACACACACACACACACAUACACACACACACACGAUGAUUAUUAUUACUAUUAUUAUUAUUAUUAAUUAUUAUCGAAGCAUCAAAAUAUUCAUAAGUUAUAUCAACCGUUUGUUUCUCGAACAAUAUAUGUUUUUUCUAUA